CCUAAAUAUUUUCUGUUUUAAUUUUGCAAAGGUGCUCAUACCGCCAUGCUGAUUAGCCAGAUUGCUCAGAUGAAACCGCUAGAUGGUAGUAAUUACCAUUCUUGGCGGGAGGAUAUAGACAUGAUAACCACAGUGGGUGAGAUAGAUUACGCACUGAGGUUUGAUAAACCAGUUGAGCCCACAGUGGGCACUCCCAACUAUGACCACAGGUGGAUGCAAUACAGCAUCGACAAGGUCAAGUGGGAGAGAUCAAAUGACAAAUGUAUGAUUAUUCUUAAGAGGAGCAUCAAGGAGCCUCUUAAGAGUUCCAUACCAGAGUGCGAGACUGCCAAAGAAUACCUUGAGAGGGUAGCCUCUCAUCACCAAGGGUCUUCUAAGGCUUAUGCUUGCUCUCUAAUGACAGAAUUUGUCAAUGCAAAAUACGAUGGAAAUGGUGUCAGACCAUUCAUUCAGAAAAUGAUAUCCAUCGUAGCUAAGAUAAACAAGUACCUCGGGUCUCCUUUACACGAGGAAUUUGUAGUAUUUAUGAUAAUGAAGUCUCUGCCCAAGGAGUUUGAGACUUUUCACAUACAGUACAACACUAGUGUCACUGAUAAGUGGAAUAUAGACCAACUCUUGGCACAGUGUGUCCAGGAGGAAGAGAGGUUAAAGCAGACUGGAGACUCUAUCAACCUCAUCAAAGGCAAUAUCCCCAGACAGAACAAGAACUCAAAGAAAAAGUUCAAGAAGCAAGGUAAACAGAAUAACCAGGCUUCGUCGAGCAAUAAUAAUCAACCAAGACAAGGAGGCAGUUUCUCAGUUCCCCCUGAUACCUGCCUCUAUUGCAAGAAGACAGGUCAUUACAAGAGAAAGUGUCCUGAAUUCCUGCAGUAUCUACUAGAGAGUGGGACUCCGUACAAGCCAAAGGCUCCCAAAGGGCCGAAGAACAAUUAGAGUGGCAAAUGGAGUUGAAGCAGCAGUCGAGGCCAUUGGAGAUAUACAUCUUAAAUUAGUUAAUGGUUUUGUACUGUUGUUGAGAGACGUACUUUAUGUACCUUCCUUACGAAGGAACCUUAUUUCGGUUUCUAGAUUAGAUGAUCAACACAUUCAUUGCCAUUUUGGUGAUAGACAGUGUGUCAUUCAGUUUGAUAAUAAAGAUGUUGGUCUCGCCAUCCGACGAGAUAUGCUUUAUUUA